AAAAGAAUGGCAAAGAGAAGGUGAAGGAACCUCACAGUGUGAAGUUUGCUGAGAACUCCUCAUCAUCAGUGUGGCUGUUGUGUUUUGUGACACUGAAUUUGGACAUGAAGAUCCUUUACCUUCUCUUGGCCGUUCUCCUCACUGUGCUCCAAAGCUCUUUAGGUUUCAUGCGCGUACCUAACAACGAGGCACAGUGUGAGCAGGCAGGAGGGAUAUGCUCCAAGGAUCACUGCUUCCACCUCCAUACCAGAGCCUUUGGGCACUGCCAGAGAGGGGUCCCGUGCUGCCGGACUGUGUACGACUAAUGUUCGCCAGGACCUCAGACCAGCUAAGCAGCUCUUCUGGUGAUGUAAGAUAUUCAUCAUCCUGCUACAAAACCUGGAAUUUGGGGCUGAAAAUACGGGUUUAAUGUGCACCCAUGCAUGCAUGCACCAAAGGCUGAACAGAAGAGAAAAGAAAAGAAACACAUCUGCAAACAAAUAAAAUGACCUGAAGAGACUCUGACAGUGGUCAUUGAACCACUCAGUAAAGAUUAGUGCUCCUUUUCUUUUCUGAAAUAAAAUAGUUUCUAGCAGAAUUACACUGCAUCCCCAUGAGAAGAUGCAGAGCAGAUUCUUGCUUUGGCCUUCAGAUCAGAUGCUUGCAUUUUUCUUUUCUGCUUAGAAUUAACAAUAAUGGAAUUAACAUUGAAAGACAGAAUCUCUAGGAAAGGCUGAAUGCACAGCUGAGGUUUUCAUAUGUUGUAGACCACGUAUCUCUACACAUUUUUAUAAGUGUUCUCCAGAAGAUU